AUGGGAAUAGAGGAGUUGCAGGUGGGCAGGUUGAAGGUGGUGUUGGUACCGGCAGAGUGGAAGGAGGGAGGUGUGAUGUUGUGGAGCUUGGGUGGUAGGCCACUGAGAGAGGGAGUGGAGGAGGCUGCAAUGAGGAUGUAUCCAGGCCUGAAGCAUCUCAACAUUGGACAAGUGCCUAAAGUCAAGGUGCCCAGCCUCACAGUCAUGAUGUCACACCUUAAAUUUCUCCUGACUCUAAAUCUCACUGGUCUUCAGGCAAUCUCUGGAUUGACCAUUGAGGAUUUGACCAGCAGCUCAGAAGAACAGCACAAAGAUAAGGAAGAUAAGUGCAAGGCGGAGGACACCUUCACUGAGAAGAUUACCAACAAGCAGCUGAAGUUGUCAAGUCAGCCUUAUGUCUCCAUCAGUGGCGUGAGCUCAGAGGAGCGUGAUCGGCUACGCUCUCUCUUUCACGCCUACGACGUGAACAAUUCUGGGAGGAUCGAAAGACGGCAGUUCUUCACCAUCUGUGCGCUGCUCCAAGUGUCCACAGCCGCGGCGCAGAGCGUGUUUGACAGGCUUGACGUGGGCGAGGACGGCACGGUCACCGUGCUGGAGUUUAUCAGCGGCUUCUACGAUCGCUACGGUGAAGACAUGGAGAGUGACGGAGCAGAGGUCUGGUCUGCUGCCUGGGAAGACUUCUCCGGCAGACUCGGGGCACAGGCCAAGUUCAUCCCCAGAAAUGAGCAAGCAGCAAUGUUGUACCAGAACAUCAGCCUGACAGAACCCAGACUGAUACCCCAGUUUGAAAAAGUCAUCCUGAACUUCACCAAAGAGAUCAGGCAGCAAAACCUGGAGAUGGAGAACCUGGCUCUGGCUAUCAAAAGGGCACAGGACCAGGCAUCUAUGCAACUGAGUGAGAUGGAGGAGGAGAUGGACCAGCGCAUCCAGGCUGCAGAGAAAACAACACGAGAACAGGAGAAGAUGCGAGCAGAGGCAGAACUGAGUGAGAUACGGAGAGACUUUGAAACUGAAGUGUGUGAACUUCAGUGUAAGAUCCAGAAGAUGCAGUUGAUUGAAGAGAAGUACAUGAACAUCACAGUGAAAGACCAGUCUCUGACAUUAAAGAAGACGAUCUCUGAGAUGACGCUGGAAAACCAGCGACUGAAGCAGGAGCUGCUGAAAUCUCAGACCAAAGUCGCCUGUUUACACAGUGAGAUGGACUUACUGAAGACCGAGUUAGCUGAUCAAAGUAUCAACUCUGAAAGAGAUGAGGAGCUCAUGCACCAGUUCUCUGAAGAACGUGACAUUCUGGAGAGUCAGAUUGAGAUUUUGCAACAAGCUAACAGAAAGCUUCAUGACACUAAUGAUGGUCUGAGGACAACUCUGGAAAGGAUUUCAAGGUCUGGUAACAGUGAGUCCCCAGUAGAAAUGAAGAGCAGGAACAGGAGUAAGAGCAUCUGUUACACAUCGCCGUAUGCGUUAAUAGACAGGUACUGCCAGCGUAUGAACGACAACUUCUGUCCGUACAACCAUCAACCCAGCUCCGACACACUGGCCUUGGCCAUGUGUGACCCCGGCCUGAUGCGCAGGAACAGCAGUGAGUGUGAAGAGGACAGUCUGCCUGAAUUCUACAUGGACAGCGGCCUGUCCACACUCAGGGGCUCCCAUGGUGGUUACGACUCCGAGCAGGAGGUUAAAGGUCACGAAGAUGAAGACGAAGAGGAGGAGGAAGAGAGGGGGAAGAAGACAGUGGAGGAUGACAGAAUGAUGGGAGAAAACUCAGAUACUGAGCCAGCAGAGACACAGGACACCGAAUCUGCAUUUGGUUCGGACAGCAGCUCAGUGUUGGACUGGAAACUGCCUGAGAUCACUAGUGACAGCAAAACAUCGAAACCCCAAACGAGGGCUCUCAGUGCCAUCAGUGUUCAGAAGGAUGAAGAUAAUGUUAACCGGGGCUACAUGACGUCAGAGAAGGCCUUCAGAAUCGUUUUGGCAGGAGACGCUGCUGUGGGAAAGUCCAGCUUCCUGCUGCGCCUUUGUAAGAAUGAAUUUAUGCCAAGCUCCAGUGCAACCUUGGGAGUGGAUUUCCAGAUCAAGACACUGGUAGUUGAUGGAGAUCCUGUUCUACUUCAGUUAUGGGACACUGCAGGACAGGAAAGGUUCCGCAGCAUUGCUAAGUCAUAUUUCCGUCGAGCGGACGGUGUUUUGCUGCUGUAUGACGUCACCUGUGAGAGAAGUUUCCUUAACGUGAGAGAGUGGGUGGAUAUGAUAGAGGACCUAUCUCCAGACAAUAUUUCCAUCAUGCUCGUGGGCAAUAAGUGUGACCUGAGACAAGACGGAGCUAACUUUGUUCCUACCAGCUAUGGUGAAAAGCUGGCCAUGACAUACAACACUCUGUUCUGUGAGACUAGUGCCAAAGAUGGUUCCAACAUCCUGGAGGCUGUGUUGCAUUUGGCCAGGCAAGUCAAACAGUACGCUUCUUUAAAUAAAAAGGCUGACCAUCAGUCCCUGCCCAGUCUGGAUGCUCCCAGGAAGAAACCAAACCUCUCCUGCUGCACCUGAAAGUAGGAAUGGUGAUACAAACAACAGAAAUGAGACAUUAUGUCUGCAACAAAACAUUUUUAAUGAAAACUCACAUUAAUUAUUCUAUGCAAAUUAAGUAAAAACAAAGAGUUUAAACAGGAAACACGUACGCAGAUGU